UCGAUUAGUCGAACAUCGACUUUUAGAUCCCUAGUUUGUGCAAAUUUGAAGGAAUUACAAACAAAUUGAAGGAAAAAAUGAAAGAAAAAUGCGGCUAAAUCUAAUGCCAUGUGUAAUUUGACAUCAUGAAAGGAUAACUCCGGGCAGCAAUGAAAAUCAAUUAACAAAACAAAUGUGAAAGUUGAACGACGUUGGCCGUCAAAGCAAGCGAAAGGAAUAGAUAACCACCCAUAGCACCGCAAACAUGCUGAAGACUAUCGUAAAAAAAUGGCCAUAAAGAACAUAAAAAUCAAUUAACUUUUGAUGAUUCUGUUCUCCCAGAACAGACGGAAAUAAACAUUGGCGACCAACAACCAAUUGACUGACACAAAGCAAAAUCCGACAGUCGCAGCCAACACGACUCUCAGCUCCCUCACGUACUGCUGCGGAGGGACUUGUGAGAAAGUUGAACGUUUGCUGCGCAAAAACCAUUCCAAGAUUAGAAACAAAAGACAACGCCAUUUAGAAGUUGGCAAUCCCAGCAAAAUACACAGAAAACCUUCAACACAUGCGAAACCUAGGGCCAUCGAAUUAAAAGGUGAAUCCCAGUGUGUAAUCGAGACCAUUCGACCUCCCGCUUGCAGUCAAGAACUUAAAUCAAUCAAUUUGGAAAGCAGAACGAAAACCCCAAUACUGGAGUAGUAGAGUAGCAGUAGUAGUAGACAGUAGUAAAUAGGGAUUAGCAACAAAAUGAAUAGCAACAGUAACAGUGAUAAUGGCUGCGGCACCACACCAGUAGCAAAUACGGUGAAUGAGUUGAAAGGCAGCCAGAACCUGAGUUCAGUAUUCUCGUCCGCAACACAACAUCAGCGCAACAAUUAUGCUAUGGCACCCACACCACCCACUGACCUCUUGUAUCAUCAUCAUGCCGGCUCAGGAUCUUCUUCUUUGGCAUCUGCCGGUGUUGCAGCAGCUUCAACUGUGGGCAGCAGCAACAACAAUACAUUUGGCUCAAUUAACAAAAUGACAGCAACAGUUGAUGGUGGCAGUGUCAACAACACUACAGCCACCACAAUGUCGAUGUCGACGACGACGACGAUGAUGAUGAUGACGACGACAACAACAACAACAAACAACAGUGGCAGCAGCACAACAGGCAGCAGUAUGCACGAUUAUGAUAACAGGCAAUCAAUAAACAAUGGCACAGCCACAUUGGGUGGUGGACCUAGUGGCGGAAGUACUAUUGCCGGCAGUGGGGGUGGUGCGGGCUUUUCUAAACCGCAAGAACGCUAUGUGUGGGAAAUGCGUGCGCGCAGUCCAAAUGUUACACCCGCAAGUACGGUACUUAAUUCACCAGAUCUCAAUACAGACAUGCAGUACAGCAUACAUCCUCAUCAGAGACAGUUGCAGCAAAUACGUGUUGGCCGUAGUCCUGGUAGUCAAUUUGAACAGCAUAACAUACUGCCACAGGGUCUCGCCUCACCCGGCUCACCAACGGAUGUCGGCAAGGCCGAUGGACAUUGUUUACGUGAUGGCGAAAUUGUCGUUUUCGAUGACAUCGACACAAAUUGGAUGAACAAAUCCAAUAACUCAUAUUCAUCAAAUCAUUCCAGUCUACAUCGCGAUUCAUUCCAUGGCAAUGAGGACAUACUGAAGGUAACCAAAAUGAUUGGCCAAUUGCCUAUAGCCGAGUAUGAGGGUUCACCGAGACGUUUUGGCAAUCAGCCACCGCAACAGGGCGGCAUGCAAAAGACAUUGGGAAAUACAUCGGCAGCUGGUGGAAAUAUGUUGCCGAAACGACCCCCGGGUUUUCCGCAGCGCGUCUCACCCAUGGCCGUACUCACGCCACAACAGCAGCAACAACAACAUCAGGAAGCUGCCCAUGCUCGCCAUCAACAGAUGCAACAGCAACAUCAAUUUUACGCUCAGGCCACCAGUAGCGGCAGUUGUAGCAGCGCUUCAUUCUUCAACAACGAUUCCAAUAAGUCCACUGGAAAUCUUAUCGAUAUAGAUGCUGAUGAUAUAUUAGGCAAUGCCUCGCUGGCAGCCAAUCAAUCCCAAAUGUCAAAUCAUGAUUCCACAAAGUCCAGCAAAGUAAAAACACCUACUUUUGAUUAUCUCUAUGAGUUCUCUGAAACACGCAAAGUCCUGGAGGAUUUUUUUAAAGGCAAUCCGGAUGAUGACAAACGUUUUACGGAUUUCACCGAAAGCGGUGACGACAUGGGCAGUUGCGAUACCCAUCAUGAUUAUACAUCCCAGUGUGCGGUUGACGAUGACGUGCACAUCGAACAAUCGUACAUUGGCCAACGUUUAGCUAGAAUACCCAAAGAAGAACUGUAUAUGGUGCAUCGUUCACCCAAGAAACAAAAACAACAACAAGCAGCAGUAGCGUCAACGUUACAACAACAACAGCAGCAUCAGCAACCACAACACCAUCAGGCACAGUCACAUCAACAGCAACAACAACAACAACAGCAGCACCACCAUCAGCACCAGCCAUGUGAUAGUAUUCUGUACAGUGACAAUAACGACAUUGAAUUGUAUAUCGAUUCGAAUAGUCGCAGUAGUGGCGAUUUGGCAGACACAGAAUUGGAGGCGAAUUUGCGACACCAUUCGCGUAAUUUCACAUUGUCUCCGGAGACCACUGAUUACGACUCAAAUUGUGGUGAUUUGGACAGCUUGUCGAAUGAUAUCAACUGCACCACAGACUAUGGCAAACUGUACACGAGCAUGCCCGUGCUAGAGGAUGGCCUAUCCAGUGGUCAUGCCUCUGAUACCGAGAAUAAUUGUCAAAAAUACGAUUCGAAUGGUGCUGGCAGUGGCAGUGGUAGUGGCAGCGGCAGCGGCAGUAACGAGAGCGUGGGUUUAAAUGAAAAAUUGCAACAUCAACAGCAGCAACAAGAAAUGUUGGAACAAAAUAAAUACAACAACAGUUUGAAGCAAGAGUGCAUGGAUAAUAAUUGUAGUGCUAAUAGUUUAAUUACCAAUCUCGUCGAUGUGGAGGAGAUGAUGAGUGGACUUUGUAUUGGUGACGAUGAUGAUGAUUUGAAACCACAACAGCAACAGCAACACCAACAACCACACCAACAUCAGCAGCAGACUCUAGACUUAAUUAAUACCACCACUCCGGAUAAUAGUUGCUGCAAUAAUGAUAGUUCACCCUAUGAACCCAUCUAUGCCACCGUCAAUAAACAGCAACAACAACAUUAUAAAAAUCAACAACAGCAGCAAUCACCUCCACCGCCACCUGCACCGCAACCACACCGUCCACAACAUCAACAGCAUUUGCGUCAUAUAAAACAUCCCGGUCGUGCUGAAUCGGUUGAAAUCCAAGAGGCCAUGAAAGAAAUACGCUCUGCCUUACAAAGGGCCAAAACACAACCGGAGAAAUUGAAAUUUUGUGAUGAAGUGUUACCACCCGAUCCCGAGUCGCCCAUAUGGGUACCACGUAAAAAUGCCGAGGAAUGUAAUGCCUCUUUGGAUGCUGACGGUGUGGUGGGUAUGGAUUCCAAUAAAUCCCAUUGUGAUGAUGAGGAGCCGGAUACUGAUUUGGAAACCGAUCGUUUGUUGGGUCAACAACGAAGUGAUGAUCAGGAUUUCUUUGAUGAUAAGACAAUUUGGCCGAAAACUUCACGCAUUGGCUCUGGUUUAAACUCAAGCGACCAUUCGCCAACCACCUCUGAUAUUGCAAAGGCUCUCCAUGUAAAACCACAAUUUUCAUCGGCCACCAUACGCCAAGGCAUUGGUACAGCUUUGACUCCGAACUCGCCUGAACAUUGUCAAAUGGUUGGAGGCACAGAGAUUCCAAUGACGACGCCUGAGAAGAUAACCUACACUAAAAGUCCAACGGGCUCCAUAAAAUCCCUCAAGGAUUCGGCCAACAGUGAUAAGAAGGCUAAAUCACGCAACAAGGAGGGUUUCUUGGAUCCCAUAGUGUUGAUUGAGGGUGUUCUCUUUCGUGCCCGUUACUUGGGCUCAACACAACUGGUCUGUGAGGGUCAACCAACCAAAUCGACACGUAUGAUGCAAGCCGAGGAGGCUGUGUCGAGAAUUAAGGCUCCUGAAGGCGAGAGUCAACCGUCCACAGAAGUCGAUUUGUUCAUAUCAACCGAGAAGAUAAUGGUUUUGAAUACGGACCUCAAAGAGAUUAUGAUGGAUCAUGCUUUGCGUACCAUUUCCUAUAUUGCCGACAUUGGCGAUUUAGUUGUACUAAUGGCACGCAGAAGGUUUGUCCACUCCGAUCCUUGUAAUUCCAAUGGUGGCUCGGCCAAUGCUGAUGCGGCAGACGCUGGGGCCGGUGGUGGCAACACCAAUACCACAACCACCAAUGGCAAAGACAAGGAUUCCAAGGAAAAUGGUUCCUCUGGCGGCGCAUCGAUCUCAACAUCGAACAACAAACACAAUCGCACGCCCAAAAUGAUAUGUCACGUCUUUGAGAGUGACGAAGCUCAGUUCAUAGCUCAAUCGAUUGGCCAGGCCUUCCAGGUGGCCUACAUGGAAUUCCUGAAGGCAAACGGCAUAGAAAAUGAGAACCUCGCCAAAGAAAUGGACUACCAAGAGGUGCUGAAUAGCCAGGAAAUUUUCGGCGACGAAUUGGAAAUCUUCGCCAAAAAGGAACUGCAAAAAGAGGUUGUGGUGCCCAAGGCCAAGGGUGAAAUAUUGGGUGUAGUCAUUGUGGAAUCCGGUUGGGGCUCCAUGCUGCCCACUGUAGUCAUAGCGAAUUUGAUGUCUGGCGGAGCGGCUGCCCGUUGUGGCCAAUUGAACAUAGGCGAUCAGCUGAUAGCUAUUAAUGGCCUGAGCUUAGUCGGUUUGCCGUUGUCGACGUGUCAGAACUAUAUACGAAAUGCGAAGAAUCAAACAGCUGUUAAAUUUACUGUUGUACCAUGUCCUCCAGUGGUUGAGGUGAAAAUAUUGCGUCCAAAAGCAUUAUUCCAAUUGGGAUUUAGUGUUCAAAAUGGUGUGAUUUGUAGUCUUUUACGUGGUGGCAUCGCAGAAAGAGGUGGAGUUCGUGUUGGCCAUCGUAUUAUUGAAAUAAACAAUCAGAGUGUUGUGGCAGUGCCUCAUGAUACAAUUGUCAAACUGCUUUCAUCGUCCGUGGGAGAGAUUUUGAUGAAAACCAUGCCCACUUCCAUGUUUCGUUUAUUGACGGGUCAGGAGACUCCCAUUUAUAUCUAAAUCUCUAUGAUUAAGCUUUAAGGUCUUACGAGAAAUCAUUAUUAAUAUUAGUAUUAAACUUAAUAACUCCUUUUUGUAUAAUUUUCACUAACUAUUCAAACAAAUUAGAAGGAGCAAACGAAAACAAAAUAACCCCUAAAAAAAGAACAAGACUAGCGUACUUAAAAUAUAGGCAGCAGUUAGGCGAAAAUAGAAACAAAAAUGAAAACCUAAAGAACAAAGCGUAGUAUGUACGCUAAAACACAAGGCUUAUGCAAAGCUUUUCUUUUUGAGAAGAAGCAGACGAAGAGGAAGACGAAGGCCGGCUUACAGGAAUAAUACCAAAAUUUGGCUCAAAAAGCUAAAAGCAGCUUAUAAAACAAUCCAACUAAUCUCUAUUGAGUUUUUCCCCCCCUUGUGACUCAAGGAUAUUAUGAAACACAAAAAUACAAUAGGCAAUUCGAUUCAUUUAAAAUGGAUUCGUUGUUGUUGUUGUAACGAAGAGGUGAUUUUUUCGAAAAGUAUUACACAAAAAAUUGCUCUUGUUUUGUAUUUCUCUUUUGAACAAAGAAAGACUGAAACAAUUUCCCUUUGUUGAAAACUCGCGCGUCGUCAAAACCAGGAACAAACAAGAAAACGAAGAACAAAUUCAAACUCAAUCAUAAUUUCUUGAAACUCCAUACAUUACACAACAAUAUAGGCUUAUACAACCAACAAGUACUUAGGUAUUAUUUAUGAAAAAAAGAAAAAAAAAAUCCAAAAAUCCGAAAACAGAUAUACUCACUCUUGAAUACUAUGUGAAAAAAACUGCUGCAAACUGCAUUUAGCUAAAAAGGAAAAACAAAACCAUAAUACUAAAGUCCUAGAUCCUAAAGUAUAAAAAUUUAUAACAGAAAAAGAAAAAAAGAAAUGCAAGUCUCUAUUUAAGGCUAAAAAGUACACUCCUUCCCCCCAAAAGAAACGAACAAACAAAUGAACACCACCCUACACAAGAACACAUACAAUCAUUAAGUUAAUCAAUCACCCCACCACCCCAGUGUUUUCCGUAAGACUUUGUGUUUUUUUUUUCCUUGUAAUCUAUCGAAAAUAGCUUAUGGACAAAUCUACAUUUUUGAAUUUUUGAUUUAAACAAAAAAAAACUAGUGCCAUUUUUUAUGGGCUUUCGCAUGUUCUUAGGAAGACAAUUUGAAUUUCCCUUAGAUCUUUUGUCUAUUCCAUGAACAGAGUCCUAUACAUACGUAUGUACAUAUAUCUAUACAUAUAUUGAUUGUGUUUAUUAACAUUUAUUAUAACUAUUAUUAUUAUUUUUUCUUUUCCAAUUGUUAUUUAAAUAUUUAAGUUUGUAAUUUUUGCAAUAUUUGAAGAAAUGAACGAAUUUUGUAAAUCAUCAAUGCUUAUAGGGCCCGUAUACAUAAAUAAUUUUUUUUUUUGCAAUUUUCAUUGCAUUUUUGUCUGCAUAUACAAUAUGAGGAAAAAAUAUGAAAUAUUUUUUGUUUGAAUUUAUUAUUAUUGAAUUUUUAGUUAAAUUUUUCCCCCUAUUUUCUGUUUCCAAAAGAAAAAGACCAAGAUUAUUGUAUAAUUUACUGUUUACAA